AUGGACUUCCCGAAACAGCGCUGCAUCAAAAAUGGUGUUAAUAGCGUUACAUGCUGUUUUUGUGAUUAUGUUCCGCCUGCAGAAAGUGUACCUAAAGACAUUCUGCCUGCCAUGAACAACUGUAGAAAUCUCAGAUACAUUUGCGAUGGUUGCCUCAGGUCUUUCGAUGGUUUGAAAACAUUGACCAAACCAAUUCUGGAUAAAAAUGAUGAAAUAGAAUUGGAAAUUAAAAAGAUUUCUGAACAUACAACCGCGUUAUGUAAAGAUUUUUGCAAACUAAAGCAAUUGGUAGUAGCAAAUGGUGAUAGGUUGAACCAGAUCAACAGCGUCGACAAUACGCUCGAUAAAUCAUUUGACAAUUUCAAGCAGCAGAUGAAUGAAUCUUGGACUGGUAUAGUCAAACAGGGUAUCGAUGCGGUUAAAAAUGACGUCAAGGUUGUGCAGCGUACCCUCGAAGUGGUGAAUACUAUCAAAGAGAGAGAAAACAACGUCAUUAUUUUUAACUUAAUUGAAUCUAAUAGAAAGGACAAUGAUUCAGUUUCUGCUAUUUUGCGCUCUCUCACUGAUAACUCUAUCAAGGAUGAUGAUAUUUUAAGAGUCACCAGACAAGGGAGGAAAAUUGAUGAUUCAAAAACUCCACGUCCAGUUAUUGUUAAAUUCGCCAGUUUUGUCAUCAAAAACAGAGUCAUGCGUAGUAUUUCGAAAAUUAAGUCUUUCGAGGGUGAAUUCAACAAAAUCAAAAUCAGUCAUGAUCUAACACGUGAUCAGCGCGUUGAGCUGCGAGAAUUGAUUGCCAAAGCUAAAACUAAAGAAGCUAAUGAUGGCCAUUGGAAAAUAGUAAAGCUUCAAAAAAGUGCAAUCAUCUAG